AACCUCUAUCAGUAGUCGCUGGAUCGACGUACCCUGAGGUUGGACAAGAUGAUGCACUACCUCGUACUUUUUUCAGUCAUUUUGAACGUAGUCUUCUGCGCGCCACAAUGGUAUGGCGGUGGUCAUCCCGGAGGCUAUGGCGGCCACGCAGCACCAGCGCCACUAGGACCAGACGGGAGAGUUGUCGACACACCGGAAGUGGCGCAAUUGAAGGCUGCUCAUCUGGCUGCCCUAGCUGACGCAAAUGCUAGAGCACCGAAAGUGGGCCCCGCCGGACCAUAUCCCGGCCCUGCUGGUUCCUACGCACCUGGAAACUACGCCCAUUACAGCGGCCCGCCAGCACCCUUGGGACCUGACGGUCGCGUUGUGGACACGGCGGAGGUGCAGCAGGCCAAGGCUGUCCAUUUCUCCCUCUUCAACGCCGAAGCCCAACGAGGCCCAGUGGGUCCGGCUGGCCCAGCGGCCCAAGCACCCCAUAAUCCCUCAUGGAACCCCGCAGGCGGGUACAAUCCAUCCAAUCAAUGGGGUCAGCAAAACAAUUGGAAUCAAUACUAGAUACUGAUCUUCCAAGAAAAUCGCACAUCAUUCUUCCACCAUCGACGCAUCUAGAGGAUCGAUAGAUCCUCUACAGGCAUCGUAUUCGAUCUACCUCUGAGCACCAAGUCUAUCGAAAAAUCGACUUAAAGAUUUUGCUCUCUCUUUUCUACUCUUAAAAAUCAGAAAAUGAAUAUUUUCAUUUUCAUUUCAGAUUUUCCUCGUUAUUUCUUGUUAUAAUGAAUUUUACUAUACCUCAUACUAUUUCCUAUCACCGCGCGACUGCUUCUUACGAUCUCGAAUCGCGUUUCAGCUACCUCUUUGUCGACUCGAACGGUACCGCGUUGCCUACUGUAGAAAAAUAUACGGAUCUGUUUGCGAAAACGAUGUCAGUUCCUAUGUUUCUUGCCAUCUCGAAGCACAUCCUUGCCUGUUUUGUCAGACCUCUUGUGAACAGGUUGCGACAUGGGCGUAGCCAGGUUAUUAGUUAGGGGCAUAAAAUUUAUCUCAAGUAAAAUUUUAUAUUAUUUUUCUCCUCUAGGGGAGUGAGCA